AUGUCUGACACGGCAUCCCCUAUGAAUACCUCGGACUCGCAAGUUGGUACAGCGCCUCCAGAGUCAACGGUGCCCUCCUCGGCUGGCAGCGACAUUGCGGAUGAUAUCAAGUCUACCAACGGGGUAAAUGAAGUGACUGGACAAAAUGGAGAUGCCGAUCCGGCCUCAAAUAUUGAGGAACUUGAUCAAAAUACCAAGCAGCUAAUGGCUUUGCUGCGCACUAGCUCAGUAUUUGUCGCGAUAAUGUCAGAAAAGAUGAAGAAACAACAAGAAGAAGCUCGUCAGCAAGCUGCGACGCGAAAGACUGAAGCUCCCGAGGGGCAAAUCGAGGAGAAACCCCCCCAGCCUCGCAUCGCCACUCGACGCGCCAAAACUCGUAGCAGCACAGUUCAAGACACCUCGCCAGAGGAUAACAACUCGGAAGUUGAACAGCCUGCUAAGAAAGCACCAGGUCGCCCUAAAAGAAACGCUGGUAAAGAGAACGGUAUUGCCAACUACUUCCAGAAGGCCAAUGUCGAGGUCCCCAGCCAUAACCCUACGGUCCCUGAGGCAUUGCAGCAGGCAGCGGAGGAGUUUGAGGAUAAACCUACUGUCCUUGGAGAGCAAGAGCUAGUAGCCACGCAACAGCCUAAGCUCGUUUCGGGUGGCCAAAUGCGGACCUAUCAGCUGGAGGGCCUUGAAUGGCUGAAGACCCUCUGGAUGAAUGGACUAUGUGGUAUUCUCGCGGACGAAAUGGGCCUCGGCAAAACCGUACAGGCGAUUUCCAUGAUUGCUUUCAUGAAAGAGAACGGUGUUUCCGGUCCGUUUUUGGUCGUUGGACCCCUCAGUACUGUCAGCAACUGGGUCGAUGAGUUCAAGAGAUGGACUCCCGACAUUGAAACAGUCAUGUACCACAGUAGUGGGGGCAAGGCAGGUCGUGAAGCCAUUCGGAAAAAGUGCAUGAAUCCCAAAAACCAGACAGAUAUGGAUUUCCCUGUCGUUUGCACUUCCUAUGAGAUGUGUAUCAAUGACCGCAAGGUUCUUGCACAGUACAAUUGGCGAUAUAUUGUUGUAGACGAAGGUCAUCGCUUGAAGAACAUGAAUUGUAGGCUGAUCAAGGAGCUGUUGACAUUCCCUUCUGCAAAUCGUCUUUUAAUCACUGGAACUCCGCUCCAAAACAACAUCUCCGAGCUUUGGUCGCUGCUGCAUUUCUUGUUGCCCGAUGUUUUCAAUGAUGUCGACAGUUUUGAAAGCUGGUUUGAUUUUUCGUCCGUUCUGGAUAAAAACAGUCAGGCGGAUCUCAUUGAGAAGCGAAAGCGCAACUUAGUCUCCAGCAUGCACGCAAUUCUUAAGCCGUUCUUGCUUCGACGUAUCAAGACUGACGUUGAGCAUUCUCUUCCGAAAAAACGGGAGUAUAUUCUCUAUGCGCCAUUGAGUUCUGAGCAGAAAGAUCUCUACCGAGAGAUUCUUAAUGGUACUGGUCGCCAAUACCUGGAGGCAAAGGCUUUAGAACGUCUGAAUGCCAAGAGUGAGACGCCGAAUCGAACCCGGGGGAAGAAACGCCGCCGUGAAAGCUCUGUAGAAGGUGCUGCGAACAAAAGUGCGAAAACAAGUGAAAAUAAAGCACCAUCCAAUAACACCCUGUCUGGUCGCCGACGCUCUGUGCGUACUUACAAGGAUAUCAGUGAUGGAGAGUUUGAUAAAAAGUUGCGAAAUCUGGAAAUGGGUGUUGAUGAAGAAGAAAGCAAAGAGGAAGUAUUAGAAGAAAGCGAAUCAGACUUGGCGCAGAAGCAACACACAAAGAAUCUGCAGCUUGCAAAGAAAGAGAUCAGCCAAAAGAAAAUGCAGAACCCAAUUCUGCAAGCGCGCAUGGCCUGCAAUUCUCCACAUAACUUCUAUUGGCCUUGGGAUGGACCCGUCGACGAGUCUCUCGUUUCUGCCUCGGGCAAAAUGCAACUUCUGGAUCGUCUCGUCCCUGAUCUUCUGAAGAAAGGCCAUAAAAUUUUGAUCUUUUCACAAUUCAAAAUGCAGCUAGAUAUCAUCGAGGAAUGGGCUAUCACCCUCCGAUCCUGGGAAUGUUGCCGCAUCGAUGGAGCGAUUGCCCAAGUCGACCGCCAAGCUCAGAUCAAAGCUUUCAACACCGACAAGAAUGUCAAGCUUUUCCUCCUGAGUACCCGAGCUGGUGGCCAGGGUAUCAAUCUUGUCGCAGCUGAUACGGUCAUCCUCUUCGACUCUGACUGGAACCCCCAACAAGAUUUGCAAGCCCAGGAUCGUGCCCAUCGCAUUGGUCAAAAGAAGCCUGUCAUUGUUUACCGACUUGCCACCAAAGGCACUGUUGAGCAAACCCUAUUGGAGAAAGCAGAUGCCAAGCGUCGGCUUGAGCGGCUGGUCAUCCAGAAAGGCAAAUUCAAGUCUCUGCUGGAUACUAAUGCCAAUUCCCAGGAUAUUGAGGAACUUCGCAAAGUUCUUGGUGAGGACGAGUUUGAAAGAUUUGAGGCGGGGGCUGAUCCUGCUUCUAUUCUUUCGGACAAAGACCUGAAGAUUCUUACUGAUCGUAGCGAGGAGGCUUAUCUUCGUGCUGAGAAGGGUUUGGAUCAAAGUGGCCCAACCUUUGUUGGUGUCGAGACGAAGCGAGAUUCGGGAGAAACUCUUUGA